GUACCCGAGGGCAGUCACGGCGGAUGUCGGAACCGUUCGUUAGGUUCCGAGGGCUCGAUGCCUCCCUCGAUGGGAUCCCGCUCACGUGACACCCGCAUGGGUCUCGGAUAUGACUUGCAAAGACGCGCCGACUCCCUGUUGGGCUCGGACCUUGGCCUCUAUUGUGCUCAUCUCCAGUCAUCCCUUGCUCGAUCGUCCUGAGGCAACUGUUCAAACCUGUGUCGCAGGUCAGUCUCGCAACCUCUGGAACGUAGGUGGCCAUGGCCUGGGGAUUUUGGGCCUUGAAAGGCUCUCUUCAGACUCGUUCUUUCGCGUCGGGGUCGGGCGAGACGGAAUCUGACGCCCGACGGAGACCUCCAUGCGACGCUUGGUCAGCGGGGGGUCGGGCGCCACGUCUCUUGGAAGGAACCGCCCUGUCAUAACUUUUCAGGGCGCUCCUUUUGAGGCGCGGCGCGUGGGGACUCGAAACGGCUGUGCCGUCUCGCCCCGGUUUGGACGGGACGUUUCGCCUGCGAAUUUAAUGCGUGCGUGCGGCGGGCGCGGGAAUCGGAGGGAGUUGGCGCUUCGAGUUUUUGACCUGAGUGGGUGAUGGUUGCUCUCUUUCUCUCUCUCUUGGCCUUCCUCGCAGGGGCGUGGUCGUGGCUCGCCCCCUUCUAUAAAAGCGGCCGCUGGGGUUUUGGUUUCUUUCCUCUCGCUCCUGCGCCACAAAACCUUUGCCUCCUGCCCCUUCUUCUGCCGCCGUCUCUUCCACCUCCAUCGCGCAGACUUUCCUCUUCCUCCCAGAGCCAUGGCCGGCGUCGAGGCGUGGCCGCCUAGCAACGUGACCAAGUCCGCGCUGGAGGCGCGCGUGAGGGCCGGGAUUCUUCGUCCUCUCAAGGACGUCGGGUUCCCGGAAUGGAUCGUUCCCUCAGCGAACGACAGGGAGCCAAACCCGCCGCCGGGCUACGUGGUGUGCUUCCUGUCGUUCCUCGACCGGGGGUUCGGGGUUCCGGUCGGCCGCCUGAUCAGGGCCAUCCUCCACUACUACGAGGUGGAGUUACACAACCUGAACCCAAACUCGGUGAUGCAGGCCGCCGUCUUUACCACGAUCUGCGAGGGGUUCCUGGGGGUUCCUGUCAAUUGGAACCUCUGGCUUCACCUCUUCAAGGCGGACAUGUCGGCCCGCUAUGUGGGGAAGGAGAAGAUCCCCCUGCGGGCCGGCGGCUGCUCGCUGCAGCUUCGCCAGCAACGGUCCGGACUGUACAUCUGGAGCACGAUGCCAUCGUCAAACCGGGGGUGGAAGAGCGCGUGGUUCUACCUCCGGAAUGAUGGUGGUCUUCUGCCGAAGUACUCCGGAAAGAUGGUGACAGAGGCCCCCCAGAAGUGGGUGUGGGGCGCUCCGGCCGAGGAGCAGAAGAGGCUUGCCCCGCUUCUCGUGGGGCUUCAAAAGUUGAGAGAUGCCGAAGUCACUGCGGCCACAGUGGCAAUCGCCUUCCACAAGAGGAGUUUGCUUCCACUGGCGCAGCGGCGAGUGCCCAUGUUCGAGAUGACCCGGGGGGUCCCUUGGGCAGGGACGAGGAUGUUGGCCGAACCGAUAUCGGCCUCGGACAUCAGCGCCCGGGUCGAGAAGACGACGCACCCAGAGAUGAAGAAUUCUCGGGUGGUGCCGAUGCGCCCUGAAAAGGGCUACAUUUCCUUGGUAAGUAUGGAAUUUUUGCGCCUUCUUUUCGUUUCCUUCUUGCCUUUUCCUUGACUCCUGAUCGUCCGCAGAGGAUGGGGGUCGUCAAGGACUCCCUGCCCCCUGUCCCAGAGGAGAAGGAGAUCCGGGCCAAGAAUCGGGCCCGGAAUGAGGAGCAGAAGAAGGUCAAGGAGGACAAGAAGGCCAAGGCAGCGCGGAAAGCGCAGCGGCGGGAGAUCUCCGCCAAGAACCAUCGCGAAGCCGAGAAGGCGGGGGUCGCCCCGCCUCCGUCUCCCGAGACUUCGGUCUCGGAGAUAGAGGGUGGAGGAGACAGCACCGACUGGCUUGACGAGCUUGCGGAGGAGGAUGACGUUAUCCCUCCAGCCGGCGGGGGGAUCGAGGCCCCGGAGGGUUCGCGGGCCCGAGGGGGGUCGGAGGCCCGAGGUGGGUCGGAGGCCCCCCAGGGGGCCCAAGCGCCGGGGGGCGGACAGGCCGCCCCCCACAUUAUUGUGGAUGAUGAGGAUCGCGCCCCUCGUGAGGGUUCGGCCCCGGUCGGUCCUCAAGAAGGGGAGAGGGCGUCGGAGGUCGGAUCCGAGGUGCUACCUCAACCGGUAGUGCCGGAGGCUCCGGCCGAGCCCGCCCCAGCGACCAGGGCGGGAACUGAUGCCUCGGCGGAGGCGUCGCAGGCUGAGACCGCCGCGGUAUCUCCUGCGCCGUCGGCAGGCGAGGCCGGGGUCGAACCGGCGGCCCCUGGUGCCGCGGGAGGCCCCUUAGGAGCUCCGAGCUCCCAGAAGAAGUCUGCUCCCCGAGCGAGGUAUGCAUGAGGUUUCUGACUCCUCAGCUGAUUUUUUGUUUUUCUCUUUCUUCUAACUUGAUGUUGUUCCCCCAGCCGUAAGCAGAAGGCGCCCUCAGUGGCGCUGGCCCCCCUGAAGGCCGUAAAGAGGGGGGCUCAGUCGACUCCCGGGUCGGCUAGGCCCGUGUCUCCGCCGCCUCCAGGCUACGAGGAGGCAGGACGCCACCCGGGGCAAGACACGGGGGCGCCGAAACCCUAGGGACCGGAGGACGCUGACCAAGGAGGCGCGACCCGUCCUGCGUGCGCUGAGGAGGGGCAAGCUAUCGUGGUGUCCAGCGCGGCGCCCGAGGCCCCCGCUGUGGGGAGGGAGGAGGAAACCGGAUGGGGCAAGAGCCCCGUAAUCUGGCCCAACCUCGGCGAUGCUGAGGGGGGAGCCAGAUUUGUCCUGGACGACCCGUCAGAGAGUUACCUCUGGCAGGGUCUGGAUGCGUGUGGUCGCGCCGGUGUCGAGGCCCUCAACCGAGCUACCCAGCUCGUGGGUCGCGACAUGUUUAAUUUGGCUCAAGUGAGAUUUUUCUCCGCGUUAUAAAGUAGUUUUGUGCUUACCUUUGCGGUACUAACCCCCUGUGUGACCUCUGAUCUUGCAGGCGCUCAAGGCCACCUCCCAGGAGAAAUCAGUAUUUCUCCAUCGGGAGAAGGAUGCUUGGGCGUCCUUUGAGAAGGAGAGGGCUGCCAGGGAGGCGGCCGAGGGGGAGCUCGCGAAGGAGUGCGAGAUUUCUGCCGAUCUUCGGCAGAAGUGCUCAGCACUGGCCACCGAGGCUCGGGAGGCCCGAGACAAGGUCGCCCCCCUGGAGGAGAGGAUCGGGGCCCUCACGCAAGAGUCCGAGGCGCAGAAGGCGGCGGCUGAGGGGUACAAGAGUGAGGUCGCUCGGCUUGAAGCUUUGCUCGCCGAAAAAGACAUCGCCUUGAACCAAGCUCAGACCGACCUGGCCGGGGCUCUGAGCCAGGUGUCCCGCUGGCAUCAGAGCUCGGCCGAGUACGAGAAGCGCGCCAAGGAAUUGGAGGUGAAGGUGGUCGAGGCGACCUCUACUGCCGAGGCCCUGGAAAAGUCCCUCGACGCUGAGGCUUCGGACCGCUCGGCUCUUGAAGCCGUGGUCACCUCGGCGUGUGAGGGGCUCGGGGUAUCGGUGUCGGGGUCGUCGCUGCGCAGUCGGGUAGAGGCCCUUUACUCCCGGGUUGGGGAGAGGAUGAGGGAGGCGCUCCACACCGGGGUGAAAAAGGCCCUGGCGGUGGUGAGCUCUCACUAUGCCGGUAUUGAUUUGCCGGCGGUUUGUGAGGGCUACGUCCUCCCUGACGACGAAACAGAAGCCCAGGAGGAGGUGCAGAGGCUCGAUGAUGCUGCGGCUGUCCCUGGAGACGCCUUGGCCGCCUUUUUUGACGAUGAGGCGGAGCUUCCCCCCCUCGGGGCUCAAGGACCUGAGUAGAUAGGGCAAUAGGAUUCUUUGUUUUUCUUUUCUUUUUGUGGGUGUUGAGGCCGGUGGGCCUUGUAGCAUAUAUAUAUAUAAUGUUAAUGUUGAAUGUAAAUAUAACUGCUCUUUUUGGGCCAUUUCCCUAAGUAUCUUAUUUCCUUUCUCUUUAUACCGAUCCGACCUCGGCAGCGCGGGGUCGGGUGAGCUACUUAGAGUUAUCGCGCAAGUCGGAGUCCCCAAGCCUAAGUGUUUUUCCUUUUUCCUUAGUAACUCCUGGAAGCCCGAAUUUGUUCCCGAAUCUAAGGUGAGUUGAGGCGGUCUUUGCUCGUGAGCGCGGAUCCUUCCUCGGGCUCAUGCCUUAAGAUUUAGGGGACGGAUUCUCGGUUUCUUGAGUCUUUUUAGGAAGGAGGAGGAAGACCUUGGGUCGGGGUUCUUUUAACUUGUGUGAAAAAAGAAAAAGAUUCGGAGUCGACAUAAGCGGUUCCCCCCGUGUAGCCCCCGAGGGAGGUUCGGACUCAGCUCGGCAGGUCCGAGGCUCUCUGAUAACUUAAACUUUGAUUUAUUCCUUGGAGGCAAUGGAUGAACAAAGAAAUUUUUACAAUGCUCUAAGGGAAAAAGCGACGUAGCUGUUCUAUGUUCCAUGCGUUUUUGAAGACCUCCCCUGCUUCAUUGGCGAGCUUGUAGGUGCCUGGUCGGAGAACUUCGGCGAUAACGUAGGGUCCUUCCCAGGGGGGUGUGAACCUGUGACGACCCUUGUUGCUCUGUCUGAGCCUUAGCACCAAGUCGCCGACUUGAAAUGCUCGGCCUCGGAUCCACCGCGCAUGGUAUCGGCGGAGGGCCUGCUGGUACUUGGCGGAGUGCAGGAGGGCUACGUCCCUGGCUUCGUCGAGCUGGUCCAGCGCAUCUUCUUGGAACGUCUUGCCGCUGUUUUCGUCGUAGGCUUGUACCCUUGGAGACCCGUACUCCAGGUCAGUGGGGAGGAUGGCUUCCGACCCAUAGACCAUGAAGAACGGGGUGAAGCCCGUGGCUCGGCUUCGGGAGGUUCUCAGACUCCAGACAACGGCUGGUAGCUGUUUGAGCCACCUUUUCCCAAACUUGUUCAGGCGGUUGAAGAUCCUGGGCUUCAAGCCCUAGAGGAUCAUGCACCAACUCCUUGCAGGUGGUACCAGAAAUGAAGGCUCCGAUCACGUCGGAGUCCGUGAUGUUGGGGAGCUCGGUGCACUGUUUGGAGAAUUGCCUGAUGAAGUCCCGGAGGGACUCAUCAGGCAUCUGCCAGCAACUCCUGAGGUCCUAGGAGUUCUCAGGGCGCACGUAUGUGCCCUGGAAGUUCCCAACAAAGAUUCUGACCAGGUCAGCCCAGUCAUGGAUCAUGCGCUCAGGGAGGUGCUCAAGCCACGCCCUGGCCGUGUCGGCUAGAUGCAAUGGGAGGUUGCGGAUGAUAAGCAGAUCGUCAUCCGCCCCGCCUAGUUGGCAUGCCAGGCGGUAAUCCGCCAGCCAGAGCUCCGGGUUAGUUUCUCCUGAGUACUUGGCGAGGUUGGCGGGCUGUCGGAAUCGCGCCGGGAACUUGGCCCUGCGUAUGGCCUCGCUGAAGACGCGGGGACCCGGGGGCUUUGGUGAAGUGCUUCGGUCGUGAUCGGGGUCGUACCUCCCGCCUCGGCGCGGUCGGUAACGUCGGGACUCGGCCUCGUCCCUGUCACGUCGCCUGGCCUCAAGGGUGGCCCGUACGUCCGCGUUGGCUCCGACGCGCUCGUGAACUGAUGGGGCCCUGUUGCCCCCUUGCGGGUUAGGGGGUGGUAGACCCUGUACUGUUGGUGCCUUGUUAGGAGGGGGGCGUUCCCCAUGAUGUCUUGUGCUGUGGGAUUGUGAAGCAGAACUUUCCGCGUUCUGCACCACAGCCUGCUCCAGGAGACCACGUAGCCCCUGGCGCACUCUCCUUCCCUCAGGAGUCGAAGGCUCGGGCAUCGCCCUGAGGAGGAGCGCGGCGGCCAUCACAUUCUGGCUGGCCGUGCUGAAGACUGGGGCGUCUUCCCCUUGGUCCGCAACAAUGCGACGGUUGACGUCUCGGGCGCGACGUCUGGCUUCACCCCCGUCUCCGCGGGCGGACGGCUCCCGGACCAGGGCCUCGCGGAGUUGGCGGAGGCGUGUGCGCUCUUCUUCGAGCCUGGCCUCUAGCUCAUCGAGCUGUGCGAGGUCAGGAUGGUGUCCCCGAGCGGGGGCAGAUGCUACCCCACGGGCUCCGGGAUUGGUUCCGGGAGUUGGAUUGGGAGGUGGAGUUGCGUCCUCUUGCCUAGAGGGCCCUGCGUCCCCCUGGGCGCUAUGCGGCGUGCCUCCGACUUCUAAGUUGAAGCACUCUCGUGACGGGUCUAUGCUUUCGUCGUCGGAGUCGGAGUAGCCGAGAUAAUAGUUGCUGGCCUCCAAGAAACGCAUGAAGGUCUCCGGGUCGCCACACCCGGAGAAAUCAGCGCCAGCCCACUCGUCGUUGCCCAAGGUGAGGUCCUCUGGGUACGAUGAGACGGGCGGUGUGGAGACGAGGUCCAGUGUAGACCUCAAGUGGUGCCCGGGAAGUUCCGCAUACGCACUUAACGAAGUGCUUACGGAAGAGGCGUAGGUAGCGGCGGCAUUUCUGAGCCCAAAAGGUAACUCGGGAGGUGCCGCUGCUGUUACUUCAUCCGCAGGUGGAGGAGGACGGGACGUUGAGGCCCCUUUGUCCCCCUUGCGGGGGACGGGCGCGGGCCGUGCCUUCCCCUUCGAACGGGGUGGGACGGGUGGCCGCGAUGACCCUCUGUUGGUCCUGGGUGCGGAGCUUGAUGUCCCGCGAGCCCUUCCUCUGGCGCCUGUCGGGCCGGAGGAGCGGGCGACCUGAUGAGGAAUAUGCGGGGGGAGGACCGGACGGACCCUGGCCUCAGUGGUGGGGUCGGAGAUCCUAGAUCUCUGACGCCCCCUCCGUGAGCCCCCCGCAUGGUGUCCCGACCGUCUCCCACGUACUGACUGUGGCGGGAUCGGCUCGGGGCUAAGUUCGACGUCGUCACGUGGCGGGAGGAGGAUCAUGUCGUAGCCGGAACCGAGGGACAUGAACUCCAAACUCCCAAAUAUCAUGAUGGUGCCGCGGCGGAGCGGGCGAAAACCGUCUGCCAUCCAAAUCUUCCCAGUAGGGACUGGCAAACGUCACGCAGAAGGCCCCUACCUGGCGCGCCAACUGUCGGCGUCUAGACUCGCGAUCUAGGCACUGACGAGUAUAAGUCUGCGUGACUACCCAAAUUCGGAUGGUGAUGCAAGUGGGACA